UAUAUAUAUAUAUAUACACACACUAUAUUUCACGACAGAAUACAGAAUACAGCCUUGGCAUUCACUGUGUAUGAUUGGCUGAUCCUGGGUGAUCCUUGGAAAGCAUGUGCGGCAAAGUAUUUUCACAUUGUGUUUAUAGAGAUUAUUUCAUCAAAUGUAAAUUACGACACAUUGCGUAAAAUUAUUAAUCUUCACUAAUUGGCAUUACGAGAAAAAUAAAUUACAGAAAUAAGAAAAUCCAUUAAAAGAAUAAUGUACAAUAUGAAUGAUUCAAAUGAUGAUAGCUCCGACAGCAGCAACGAUUUCACCGGUAUUACACCAAAAGACGAGUUGACAGCGAGUUUCUUUUCAAUAAAACCAACAAUAAAGUCUAACUUAGUGGACUCGAAGGGCUACAGCGAAGAUGAGAGUAGCGAUGAUGACAAUUUUACAACUGUUGAAAAUGGCAUCCACCUGUUCUCAGAAGUGGUCAAGAAUCUGGAAGCCUCACAGAAGGCUCCUGUGAAUGAUGAGAAGCUGCAAGAGCAUUAUUCCAAGGAUGAUAAGUUACAAGAUGUUAAGAAAAUCAAGAUUGAAAAGAGGAGUGAUAAUAUAUCGGAUGAAAUAAAUGCAGUUUUACUUCAAGGAGAAAGUAAAACACAUACAUUUUGUAAUGAUGAAAGCACAGAUGAUGAGAAAAAAGAGGAAGAGGAUGUUAAACGUCCUGUCGAUUAUACUAUUCCUAAGGAAGGUGUCAAAAUAACUUUACCAGAUACAUGUGUGGUUUUCAAAAAAAAAACAAGCAGUAAGAAGCAGACAGAUUUAACUGCUCUUUUACGAAGGAAACUGAAGGCCAAUCAGAUAAUAAUAGAGAAAGCGGCUCGACUUUGUUGGUUGGCAUAUGGAUUCUAUCUCAAUCGCCAAGCGAAUGAUCCUGAAUUAAUGGCAAUAACAGUAUCUCUUAUUUCAACAAAGAAUUGUCCAAAGGAUAGUUUUAAUUUGGCAUAUCUUACAAAGUUCACAAAAUGGUUCAGGAAUAUGUUUACAAUAGAAUCUACUGACAAUGAAGUCAUUAUAAAUAAGGAAACAUUGUUAAAAAGGAUAGCAGAGAAGAAGAUUUUUAAUUACAGAGAAUUGGUAAUACUAUAUGUAGCAAUACUAAGAGGUAUUGGCUUACAUUGUCGUCUAAUAGUGUCUCUCAAUCCACCACUUGUAAAAAGUUAUAAUGACUUAUUGCCUAAAACAAGUGUAGCAAAGAAAAAUGAUAAAGUUAAAGAAGAACCAAAAGAAUUGAAAAGAAAGGCAGAGUCUUCUAAAAAAGAAAAGAAAAACGCAGAUCCAAAAGAAAAAAAUAUUAAAAAUAAUAAUGUAAUUCAGAACAGCGAAAGCGCACGAAAAAACAUUAAUGCAGAGGCAAAGAAAAGGGCAGCGGAGAUUCUUCGCUCAAAAUAUUCGUAUACUAAGAAAAAGAAAAAUACUUUAAAUAAUGAUAUAGCCCCUCAAGAUAAUGCUUCUACAUCAAAGGAUGUCAAAGCAGGUUCAGAAAACACAAGUUCAGAAAAGAUAAACACUGGCCCAUCUCCAAGACGUUUAAGAUCUAGUAAAGCACGUGAUUCAUCUGCAAUAACCAAACAGCAAAGCAAUACACAGACUAAUAAAGAAAAUAAUCAAUCUAAAGCAAAAUGUUCUGAGAGACUAUCAUUUAGUUCUGACUCGAGUUCAGAAGAAGAUGAAGAACCACCCAGUAAGCUGAAGAGAAAACGUAGUAAUAAUAAUAAAACAAUUGUUAAAUCUAAACAUAAGACUGAAAAGACAGACCCAGUAUCGGAUGAUGAAGAAACUGAUAAUAAUGACAAAUUAAAAAAAAGACAGGAUAUAUGGAUUGAAGUAUAUGUCGAAUCCAAGGAAAGCUGGACAAGUAUAAAUAUAAUGGAUGGAAAUGUGGAUUGUGUGGUUGACAUAUACAAAAAAGCAAGCAAACCAGUAUUAUAUGUAAUAGCUUAUAACUCGGAAGGAUUAAUAAAAGAUGUCACAAGACGUUACUGUCCACAAUGGCUUUCUGUUACUCGUAAACAGCGUAUUGAUGAGAAAUGGUGGACUGAGACUUUAAGUUAUUGGCUAGAAAAAGAGACAGAUAUGUCUAAAAAGGAAGAUGAAUUACUUUUGCAAAAAGAGCUAGAACAGCCAUUGCCUAAAACUGUUAGCGAAUGCAAAGGACAUCCCUUAUAUGUGCUCAUCAGGCAUUUACUUAAAUUUGAAGCCUUAUAUCCGCCGGAUUGCGUACCACUCGGACAUUUAAAAACAGGCGAAGCUAUUUAUUCGAGAUACUGCGUGCACACACUGCGUUCUCGAGAAACCUGGCUAAAGAAAGCUCGAGUAGUUAAACCGCAGCAAGAGGCUUAUAAAAUAGUUAAAGCACUUCCAAAAUAUGAUAAGCUUUCAGGUAUGAGGCUUAAAGAUUCUACAUUAGAAGUAUUCGGAGAAUGGCAAACUACAGAAUAUGAACCACCAGUAGCUAAAGAUGGCAUUGUACCUCGUAAUGAGUAUGGAAAUGUAGAUUUGUUUAAGAAAUGUAUGCUUCCAAAAGGCACAGUGCAUAUAAACCUUCCAGGAUUAAAUCGCAUUGCCCGGAAACUGAACAUAGAUUGCGCGGCCGCCGUAGUGGGUUUCAAUUUCGGUUGUAGAGGUGCCGUGCCAGCCACCGAAGGUUUUGUCGUAUGCGCUGAAUACGAAGAUACAUUACGAGAAGCUUGGGAAACAGAACAAGUCGAAGCGACUAAACGCGCCUUCGAAAAAAGAGAAAAGAGGAUUUACGGCAAUUGGAAGAAACUCAUUAAAGGUUUACUUAUUAAGGAGAAACUAUCGCAAAAAUAUGAGUUUCAAGAGGAAUCGAAAACCAAUCAGUCGAACAAACGUCCGAAGCAACGAAAGGGCACCGUAAAAAAAUCUAAAGCAUGAUAGAGUGUGUGUAUACAUAUUGUCUUUUGUAUGUUAAGAGAAAAACUCUUAUCUUUAAAAUGAAGCAUUUAUUUGUGUUAAAUACCAUAAUAUUAAACAUUCACAGAUUCGAUACUUAUUUUUAAAAUAAUUUGUUCAUCAGUAUUUUACACAAUAAUAAACCAGAUAAGAAAUAAUAAUGAUUUUUUGUCCUGUUUGAGUAUUGUAUGAUUGGUUCUAAUUAUUUUGUGUAAAUUAAAUUUUAUUUUUGUAA